AUGGCCUCAAAAGCUACAGGGACUCCCCCCUACACAGAGACAGAGACAAGGAACAGAGAUGGAAGGGAAAAGACACAAAAACACAAAAAAAGAAAUAGGGCAAAAAUAAGCGAAUUUUCAGUGGCACAAAAUGUAACGCAGAAUAGGUUAUCGCUUAGUCCUCCGGUGAACGAAGACUUUAGUCUACGUCCUUCGGCCUUGGUUCGACAGCGGAGGUGCCGGGAUAAUCCCCAUUCCCCUGCAGAGGGUCACUACCCGGGGAAUGAUUCCCUUCAAACCACGCCUGUCCACAUGGCCAGCCGCCCCGAUUUGGCAGUAAUUGGUCCAGCUGUUCAACUGCAGUACGGUGCGGUGCACGCCUGGCUUGGUCAGGUCUGGUCUGGUCAGGUCGGGCCUGCCCGUGCCCAAUCCAGUCUCAUCUUUCCAAUGUGGUUGGUAGUGGAUCAAAGUCACUUCUACCCCUGUUGGAAUUGGGUUGGGCUUGGCCAAGGCUCGGGCUCUCCCACCCCCGGCUCUUGUAUGUAG